CCGGUAUAAAUUCUCUGAAACCAGGGAGAAGAAACAUUUUACACGCGCACGAGAGAGAACGGCGGUGGAACACGUUAUAAAAAUAAUACCACUGACAGAUAGCCUAUAUGUUGCCAACAUAUAGAGACUAAGCUUUUGCUAUAUUUUCACGCGAGAGUAGGAUAGGAAAAGAAAGGGUUAAUUUUUAUAGCGUUUAUUGGAUGUAUUCGCUUCUGAAUGUAGGCCAAUUCAGCAUCUAAAUAGAGGACUUUUGUUACAUUUAUCCACUUCAGCCAGCUUCAAUCAGCCUUCUAGAGUUGACUAUCUCUGGCGGUAACGAAGACUGGACGUGGAACAUCAGAAACGGGAAUUCAUUCAGGUGCGAUGAGGCGGGCGAUGAGGCGGGCACUGAGCGCGGGGCGGUGCCUGGGACCCAAGGUGUACGCGGCGGCGCCGGACGGCGACUGGGGCUGGGUCGUCGCCGUGUCCUUCUUCUUCGUGGAGAUCUUCACCUACGGCGUCAUCAAGAGCUUCGGCGUCUUCCUGCAGGACCUCAUGAGCGAGUUCGGCGAGACCAACAACCGCAUCUCCUGGGUCGUCUCCAUCAGCGCGUUCGUCAUGACCUUCACCGCGCCCCUCUCCUCCAUGCUGAGUAACCGCUUCGGGUUCAGACCCGUCGUCAUGCUGGGGGGGUGCCUCAUCAGCCUGGGAACCAUAGCAACCGGCUUCACCCAAUCGGUCAACCAGAUGUACCUCACCACUGGCAUCAUCUCAGGCCUGGGUUACUGCCUGACCUUCCUGCCCACGGUCACCAUCCUGUCUCAGUACUUCUCCCGCCGCCGGUCCCUGGUCACGGCCUCCGCCUCCACCGGGGAGUGCUUCUCCAUCUUCGCCCUGGCGCCGGUGCUCACGGCUCUGAAGGAGCGGAUUGGCUGGCGGAUGUGCCUGGUCGUGGUCGGAGUUCUACAGGGCAGCAUCAUCAUCUGCGGAGCCCUCCUUCGGCCCAUCAUCAUCAAACCCACCGAGGAUGAAGAGGAGGAGGAGGAGGAGGGCGCAAACACACCCACCAAAGAUCCGCUGGAGGGCACGUAUGCCCUGGAGAACGAGGAGACGCGCACCUCCUCCGACUCUGGGGUGCAGUCUCUGGGCGCCUCUCACACGGACCUGGCCGAGGAGCGCAACGUUCCGGAGCAGAGGUCAGAGGAGAAGGCUCCGCUCGACCCCGCCCCCAGCUCCGCCCCCGGCCCCGGCCCCGCCCCCAGCCCCGCCCGGCCCACGCUCCUGGACGUGUCGGUGCUGAGGGACUGGAGCUUCCUGUGCUACGCCAUGUUCGGGCUCUUCGCCACGCUGGGCUUCUUCGCCCCGCAGCUCUACAUCAUCCAGCUGAGCGUGAGCCGCGGCGUCGCCAGGGAGACGGCGGCCUACAUGCUGUCGGCCAUGGCGGUGGCGGAGAUCGCGGGCCGCCUGUCCGUGGGCUGCGUGAUGAACCGGCGGGGCGUGCGGAAGAUCUACGUGCUGCUGGCGUGCGUGUCGCUGCUGUGCGCGGUGCUGGCGCUCUUCACCGCCGCGCAGGGCUUCUGGGGGCUCUGCACCUGCUGCGCGCUCUACGGCUUCCUGCUGGGCACCGUCUGCUCCACCCACAUCCCCAUGCUGGCCGAGGACGACGUGGUGGGCAUCCACAAGAUGUCGUCGGCGGCGGGAAUCUACGUCUUCAUCCAGAGCUUCGCGUGCCUGGGGGGGCCCCCGCUGGGAGGUAUCCUGGUGGACGUCACACAGAACUACGGCUCAGCGUUUUACUCCUGUGCGGUGGGGAUGGGCAUCGGGGCUGUGUUCCUGGGACUGGUGCGUCCGGCGAAGCAGUGGCAGUGCUGCACCAGAAGGGGGCGCCGGCGGGAGGACAGGGAGGCCGCAGAGCAGGCCGCAGCCCUACAAACCAAACAGGAAAUGCCCGUGGACUUCCUGGAGGUGGAUGUCGCCAUGGAGCCGAGCCACUGAAAACAACAGCCUGAGGGGGAAGUGUGAGCACUGGCGAUGUGCACGGAGACAGCCUUCUGUAAAGACACUGCGUCUCAGGUCAUGUAUCACUGGUGUGAGAAAGAUCGCAGGGGCAAGAAGAAAAAAAAAAAGUCUUAUGUUACGAGAGGUUCUUUGGGGAGACGGUGUCUACACGGGCUGCAAGCUUUCUCUUUCCUCUUGCAGUUUUUCUGGUCAGGGUUCAGGUCUGGUGAAAACAGGGUUUUUUUUUUCUUCUCAGAGCCGCGAAAGCGUUCCUGGUCCUGUCGAAGCGGGAUCAGUGACGGUCUGCGGCCGUUAGCCGAGCAGAAGCGCACUGCGGGGUCUCACUGACCAAAUCGGCAACCUUUAGCUUUUACACGCCUCUGCUGCAAGCUGCUCCACUGCUCUGUUGUGGUUACAGAAAAGGUCAAACGCACACCUGAAACCCACAAAAAGCCACACGUUUGUCUCUUUGUGUUUUUAUUCCUGAUUGUAGUUUAAAAAAAAUAUAUAUAUAUUUUUUUUUUUUUAAGUUGUCAAAAUGUUCAGACCAAUAUUAGACAAUGGAGGCUAGACCAUGCUGCCCACGUACAAGCAGAAGAGUCUGGACUCUAACAGAAGUCAGUUAAUGGAAUCUGUACUGUAACAGAACAGUGAGUUAGUUAAUGGAGACUGCUCUCUGUAACAGAACAGUGAGUUAGUUAAUGGCCUUUUUAGUCCACUAACUGCACUUUUUUAGCACAAAUCCCAUCCUGACUGGCUGGAAACUGCCGUUAACAGGAUUCAUGCCAAAAAGUGUAAAGUUUAAAAGUGAUAAAACUACCUGUUCGAUUUCCUUCACACCAUGAUGGGAAACGAUGUGAGUGAAGAUGUGGGGGUGGCAGAGACCGAGAUGGACGUUCGUGUGGAAGCAGACCUACGGCUCUCACCGCCACACCACGCAUCUGUGAGCCAGUCUGUUGGCCCUGGAAAAGUAGGCACGGACAGGUCACUCUAAACCAGACAAUCCAGAAAGAAUUCCCAUCACCGCCUGCUCAAAUCACAUUUACCAACCCACAUCCAUCACAUCCUCCCAAAUCCAUCACAUCCUCCCACAUCCAUCACAUCCUCCCACAUCCAUCACAUCCUCCCACAUCCAUCACAUCCUCCCACAUCCAUCACAUCCUCCCAAAUCCAUCACACCCUCCCAAAUCCAUCACAACCUCCCAAAUCCAUCACAUCCUCCCACAUCCAUCACAUCCUCCCACAUCCAUCACAAGCUCCCACAUCCAUACAUCCUCCCACAUCCAUCACAUCCUCCCACAUCCAUCACACCUCCCAAUCCAUCACAACCUCCCAAAUCCAUCACAUCUCCCACAUCCAUCACAUCCUCCCACAUCCAUCACAAGCUCCCACAUCCAUCACAUCCAUCACAUCCUCCCACAUCCAAACCAAAAAUUGAGCGGACGUAAACGAUCAACCUCCAAAGAUCCAGCAACCAAACGAAGAUGACGAGGGACUGAAAACUCAAGUCACCAGAAACGCACAAAUAUCGUCUGAUCGGCCUCGUUGAUUGUAUCUUCACUGAAUGUUUCAGGGAAGACAGUUACACUACACUGCUAACAAACAUAAGGCAACGCUGCUAGAGGCUAUCAGGUGGCAGCCUUGAGCUUUGUGGAGGGAAAAAGCCAUCUAGCAUCACGCAGUCAGUCAGUCUGUCUGCUCUUAAUGCUGCUCGACCUAUGCACAGCGACUUGAACUUCCUCAGAAUGGGUGUCAUUCAGUAUGCUCAUGUACUAUAAUGGAUUUUUGUGAAUUGUUAUUUUUUACUUAUUUUUAAAUUAAUAUGCAUUGUGAAUAACACAACUUUGCCUAAACAUUUUUUAAAAUGUAACUGCACAGAAUAUAAGGUUGUAACAUUUUCAGACCUUGAAAUUCCAACUGCUGAUUUUUAUUUUUUAUUUUUACUAAUUAAAUAAAUCCAGUUUACAACAGUAAA